CUCUCUCUCUCUUCUCUCUCUCUCAAAACACCAAACCCCAAAACAAACACCCACACCUCCACUGUGUGUUUUUUUAAUAUUAUUUAAAUAAUUAAAUAUUCAAAUUGAUUGAACAUCAGCCGAAAUUCUCAAAUUGAUUCCUUUUCUCUGGAACUGAACAGUAGGAAUUUAUUGAAAUUGGACUUUCAAUUCGGUUGCCAUGGAGGAGAAGUGGAAUUUUUGAGGAUUGGUGUAGAAUUUGGAUUGAAAACCCUAGGAAUGGAUUAUGUGGGGAGGAGAGUGAAGAAAGAGUUCCAAGGGUACGGGAUUUUUGGUGGAACGGUGAGAUCGUUUGAUUCAAGUAGAGGCUAUUACAGGAUCGAGUACGAGGACGGGGAUUCCGAGGAGUUGGAAAUGUCCGAUAUGGCUUCACUGCUUGUCCGUGAUGAAGUUGAUGGUGAUGAGGCUGUGGAGGGGCAGGGUAACAAGCGGCGGCGAUUGGGGGAUUCGGCUGAGUCAGGUAAUUGUUGUAGUAGUAGUGGUAGUGGUAGUAAUAAGAAUGAGUUCGAUUUGAAUGCUGCUGUUGGGUGUGGGGGGUUGGAUUUGAAUGUGAAUUUUAAUUUGAAUGAGGGGUUGGAUUUGAAUUGUGGGGUAAAUGAAGGGUUGGAUUUGAAUAAAGGGGUUAAUGUUGAUGAUGAUGGUGGUGGUGGUUGUGGUGUUGGUGCUAAUGCUAAUUCUAGUGUUGAGGUUAAAGUCGAAAAAAGUAGAGGUGAAAUUAUUGAUUUGAAUUUGGAUGCGACUGAAAAUGAGAAUGAGAGUGAGAAUUUGAAUGGUAAUUCAAAAGAGGAUGGUUGUUUAAGUGAGAGAAAAGGGCAUUGCUUUGACCUUAAUUUGGGAUUUGAGGAAGAAGGUAAGGGUUUAGAGGAAGAGGUUAAGGGGUUUUUAGGUGGGGACCGUGAGGUGCAGAUUAAGGAAUGUAGCUGUGAAGGAGCUCAAAUUAAUGCGCCAAAGGAAGAGGAGGGAAACUGUGGAAAUGAAGUCCUCGAGGGGGCUCAAUAUGAGAAUGUAGAAAAUAAUGGUUGUAUUGGGGUUCUGGAAAAUGAGUUGACUGAAAGUAAUCUUGUAGAAGUUGAGUUGAAGGGGCCUUUGGAUAUUAAUGACGGAGGUUCUAAUAUGAUUGAGUCAAAUAUUGAUGUUGUUCCAGUUGGCACUCCUAAAAAGAGACGUGGUAGGAAGAGGAAAGUUGUUCCAGAUAUGGAUACCAACUCUCCAACUGAAACUGUCUUGAGGAGAAGCACUCGUAGAGUAAGAAAAGCUGCUCUUUUGGAUCAUGAUAACAUUUCUAGUACUGUAGGGGUCCCGGACGCUGUCAACGAUCUAUCUUCGUCUCCAGCAGUUAGUGCCGUCACGGAGGAGAAAGUUGCAGAAGUUGUAGGUCGGGAAGUUUCAGAGGAGCGGAUUGUGCUUCCACCAAAGUUGGAGUUGCCUCCUUCUUCAGGGAGUUUGAAUCUUGAAGGCAUGCCUGUACUUGAUAUAUUUUUUGUAUAUUCAUUUUUGAGGUCAUUCAGUACUUUGUUAUUUUUGAGCCCCUUUGAGUUGGAGGAUUUUUUAGCAUGCCUUAGUUGCAAUUCUCCAAGUGUAUUAUUUGAGUCAAUUCAUGUUUCUCUUUUACAUACCUUGAGGAAGCAUUUGGAGUCCCUUUCUGAGGAGAGCUCCCAAUCUGCAUCUAACUGUCUCAGGUCCCUUAAUUGGGAUUUGCUGGAUAUUAUCACAUGGCCCGUCUUUGUGGCUGAGUAUCUGCUAAUGCAUUGUUCUGGACUGAAACCUGGGUUUGAUAUUGGUCACUUGAAGCUAUUUGAGAGUGACUACUACAAUCAAUCUCCAUCUGUAAAGAUUGAGAUACUUCGCUGUCUUUGUGAUGAUGUGAUUGAGGUUGAAUCCAUAAAAUCGGAGCUGAAUAAAAGAAGUCUGGCAACCGAGCCUAGUAUUGAUUUUGAUCGGAUUAUUAAGCCUGAGACUACGAAGAAAAGGAAGGCUGUGGUGGAUGUGACAGGCAGUUCCUGUGUCACCCAGGAAGAUAAUGAUAUUCUAGACUGGAAUAGUGAUGAAUGCUGCCUAUGUAAGAUGGAUGGAACCUUAAUAUGCUGUGAUGGUUGUCCUGCAGCUUUCCAUUCGAGAUGCGUGGGGGUUGUGAGUAAUGAUUUGCCAGAAGGUGAUUGGUAUUGUCCUGAGUGUGUGAUUGGAAAGGAUAGACCCUGGACGAAAGUUGGCAAGUCAAUCAGAGGAGCAGACUUGUUGGGAAUUGAUCCUUAUGGUCAGCUGUUUUAUAGCUGCUGUGGAUAUAUGUUGGUGUUGGAGAAUUGUCACAGUGAAACAUCAUUUAAGUACUACUCCAGAAAUGAUUUGCCUGUCAUUAUUGAAGCAAUGAAGUCAUCACAAAUUGUCUAUUGUGCAAUAAUAAAUGCAAUUCUUAAGCAGUGGGAUUUGCCUUCUGAGGUUGAUGGAGCAAAAGAAGAAAUGGGAUCUCAGAUAUUUGUGGCUGUAGGCCAGGAAAGACCUAUUCCUGCUACUUUUACUCAGCUGUCAACACAUUCAGAAACUCAUUUAAAAGAUGCUAUCCUCAAUAAAGGAAGAGCUGAAGACAAAUCUUUUGUUUCUGUUAAUAUUGGAGAGGUUUCAGGGUUGGUCACUGUGAAAUCUGACAUAGUUGACCAUGCAGUAAAUAUGGAAAAUCAAAUUUUAAGUUCUGAAGGAUCAGCUGAGGUCUUCGAAGCUGUAACUGCUACUCGUAACUUUGAAAGAGCUGGUAUGAAUUUGCGGAGUAGACGUUCUAAAUCUGAGACUCCAGGAAAGGUUGUAAGAGACAGUUCUCUCAUAACUACAUCUUUGGAGGAAAAAGUCACUGAUUCUGCAAAGCAUAACUGUCUAGCAUCUGCAACAAAACCCAGAAUUCUGUCCCAAGGAAAUUGCGGGAUUAGUUAUACAAACUACUAUUGUUUUGCUCGAACAGCAUCAUCAGUAGCAGAAGUUUUGACAAGAAAAUCAUCAGAUAAGAACUCUGAAGCUGCUCUAAAAUCAGUAGAUGAGAUAAUAUCGGAACAGAUGUUAGCCAUAUCUGAUAAGUUUAUGGAGUUCUGUUGGCCAAAUGUUCCGAAUAUGAAUGCUGACACCAGGAAAGAAAGUUGUGGCUGGUGCUUCUCUUGCAGGGUACCGGAAGAUGAAAGGGAGUGCUUGGUUUCCAUGUACUGUAAUAGUCCUGCUCUGGAAAAAUAUACAAGUGACAUGUUGGGUAUUCGUUCAAGAAAAAACAAGAGAAGUCAUCUAGUAGAUGUUUUGUGCUAUCUACUAUGCACUGAAGAUCGUCUACAAGGACUUCUUUUAGGUCCUUGGUUGAAUUCACAUUACUCAAAUUUUUGGCGUAAGAGUGCAGCCAGAGUAACUGGCAUUGCUGCGGUAAAAAGUAUGCUGCUCAAGUUAGAGUCAAAUUUGCAUCCUCAAGCACUUUCAGCAGAUUGGACAAAGCAUGUGGAUUCUGCUGCUACUGUGGGUUCUUCUGUUCAUGUCAUAAGGAGCUCUGCACGUGGGUCUUCAAGAAAUGGGAUUGGUAGGAAGAGAGCCAGGUGUCCAGAUCCAGACUCGAACACAUCUUCCAGUUCUGCAAGUGGGCUGGGUUUACUUUGGUGGAGAGGUGGAAGGCUUUCCCGGCAGAUUUUUAAUUGGAAGGUCUUACCUCAUUCAUUGGCUUCCAAAGCUGCCCGACAAGCUGGAGGUAUGAAGAUACCUGGCAUAUUAUAUCCUGAUGGCUCAGAAUUUGCAAAGAGAAGCAAAAAUGUUGCCUGGCGAGCUGCUGUCGAGUCAUGCAGAAGUGUGGAGCAGCUGGCUCUUCAAGUCAGGGAGCUGGAUGCAAACAUUAAAUGGGAUGAUAUUGAAAAUACGAACCUUUCCUUGAAGGUGGAGAAGGAUUCAAAAAAACCGGUCAGAUCAUUUAAAAAAGUAAUAGUUCGGAGGAAGUGCUCUGAAGGGACAAUUGUCAAGUAUCUUCUUGACUUUGGCAAAAGAAGGUUUAUUCCAGAUAUUGUUGUCAGACAUGGAUCCAAGGUUGAAGAUAGCUCUAGCGAAAGGAAGAAGUAUUGGUUGGAAGAAUCUCAUCUUCCCUUGCAUCUCUUGAAAGCUUUUGAACUAAAAAGAAUAGCUCGCAGGUCAAGUAAGAUUUCUGCGAAACUUAAAGUGCGCAGGAGAUUAAUGAAGCACCCUUUCAAGAAAAAGGGUUUUUCAUACCUUUUCUCAAAAGCAGAAAGAUCUGAGAACUAUCACUGUGGGCAUUGUAACAAAGAUGUGCUCAUCAGGGAAGCUGUGAGCUGUCAGUAUUGCAAAGGUUUCUUCCAUAAAAGGCAUGUGAGGAAGUCAGCUGGAGCCGUUACUGCUGAGUGCACAUACACCUGUCAUAAAUGCCAGGAUCAAAAGAAUGUGAAAAAUGAUGCCAAGAAGGAAAGGCUAGAGACGAAAAAGAGGAGGAAGGCAUCAAAACAGCUAAUGCCAUUGCAAUCAAAGAUUAGGAAAAAUGCUGGCAAAGACAAACAGCUGAGACAAAUUGCAAAGAACAAAAAUGGCCCUGUGGUUAUACCUUUGCGACGCUCUCCUAGAAAAGCUAAGUGCGUGUCACUGCAAAAUAAGAAGAUUAGAGCACACAAGAGGGGGAAGCAAAACAAAGCAACUACAGGUGCAUCAAAGAAACGAUUGAAAAGUACUUGGCAGAAGAAGAGAAUGCAACGUCAUCCAAUUUAUUGGCUUAAUGGUCUGCAUUUAUCAAAAAAGCCAAAUGAUGAAAGGUUCUUACUUUUUAAGAGUAAAAACCUGCUUGUCCUUUCUGGGGAUUCAACUGCCAUGGUUGACAAGCCAAGAUGUAUUCUUUGCUGUGAGCAGGAAUUUUCUCCUAUGCUGAAUUAUAUUGCUUGUGAACUUUGUGGAGAUUGGUUUCAUGGAGAUGCUUUGGAUCUUAAAAUGGAACAAGUCGGUAGACUUAUUGGAUUUAAGUGUCACAAUUGCCUUAAAAGGAACCCUCCUUGCUGCCCCCAUUUGGGUGCAACAAAAACUGAGGGGGCUAAAUUGGUUGGAUUGGACUAUAAUGAAGGGAUAGACAGCAUUUCUAAAGAAACUAAUGGUCCUUCAAGUGAAGCAUUUCUAGAAGAGAACAUUCAAUUGUAUGAAGAAUCAAAAAAAUUGUCUUUGGCCAGUGAUCUUGAUGAGAAACAACCCUUGGGGACCACUUUUGGUCCAAAUCAGAUGCUCAAGUCAGAUGCCGAAAAUGGACAGUUAUCUCCUAAUUCAGUACAGAAAGCAGCAGUUCCUGAGUUUUCAAAUGAAGAUAGUGGCCAUCCUGAUCAAUCUAUGGCAUCAAAAGAAGAUGAUUCAUGGCAGAAGGAUGCAAUCAUUUUUGAGAAACCUCAUGGGGAAUCAACAACCCCUGUUGGAAUAGAAUCCCUCUCAUGCAAGUCAAGUGAGGAUGUUUCGGAAAAGGAUUUAACUUCUUUGAUGCCUAACCAUAUGAAGAAUGGUUUAGUAAAUCAACAGCCAUUUUGUCAUGCAGUGGUAGAUAAAGCUUUUGACUCAAUUGACUACCACCCAAUGUAAUUUUGCAUCAGGCGCAAUUAGUUGGGGAAGACAGAAAGUAGAUUGAUGUUGUAGUAUAUACUUGAUUCAUAGGAUUUUAUUGAAAGCAAUAGAGAUGAAAGCCAUUGAGAAUUCACCAAUCUAAUUGAGUUUAGCUGAAUUUAGAUAAUUGACUCAAAUUUAGAACAAAAAGCAAUUGAUUUGAAGAUUCCUCCUUUUCAUUGCAUAUUUUUACUUAAUCGUGAAGCUGACAGCUACAUCUACACAAAACUGCCAUUCUUUACUGUGAAGCCAUGCUGCAUGCUACACAAUAUCUCUGUUCUAUAAAUGGCUGAUCCUCUGCUAUUGUUGAGCACGCAAUAUUGUUCUUCUUUUGGAUUGGCAACAAAGUUUCUUUGUUGUUUUUCUUUUUUCUGUCAAAGUAGAUCCAACGGCUUUAUCUCAUUUGGUCCAGGUAUAAUUUUGGCUGUUUAUUUAUACCUAUUGUCCUAGUAAACUGAAGCAACUGUGUCUGACCAGGUGCAGCUUCAGUGUCUGGCUUGGAGUAGAGCUAGCCUUAAACAUAUAUUGUCUAUUGAUAUCUAUGAAAAUUCUGGGGGCAAUUUCUGCUUGAUGCCUAGUAUGCAUGGAGAUGUUAGAAUGGCAUUGGAUAAAUUGGUGUUAAUCAUUUCUUAUCCAGCUUUAUGGUAGAAUGUGUAAUCCUACAAGGUGUAUUUUUUUUCUUAUCAAUUGCAAUAUUUGAAUAUGGUACUCUUUAACCUUCUUGGUUCAAGUACUUUACAGGAUUCCACUGUUGAAGCUUUUUUUGUGCCAUGAAUACUGAUCCAUGGGUAGUUUUGGGCUAAACUUUGUGCUCUGUUUUUCAAAUGAUAAAGUUACUUUUAAUGCUGAUGCAUUACUACUAUUGUUGUCUAAUAUGAUAUUGCAGAGCUUGUCAACCACUGCUACAGACCCCCUCAGUGCACAAUUAUGGACCAGACUACCCCAACCCAUGAAAGGAAAAUGCAAAAUUUCAUGUUUCAGUAAUUUAUCAAAGUUCUAUGAAAGUUGGGCGAUGACACCUGAUUCAGGACCAGUGUAAGUUCUUGGCUGCUAGAUGUUGAAUUUAGCUCACAGAUGUAGCUUGAUUAUUAAGUGUCUUAAUUCAGUCAAAUCUGCAAUUGUAUUAUUUUAAAGUAUUGCCUCAUGAAAACAGUGCUUUUCUUUCGUCAAACUUAAUUCUUUUAGAUCUGUAAUGACUGUCUCCUCCUGUUCGUAAUUCUAUUUCUUAAGCAGUUUUUAUUCUUCUCUGCCACAGGAAAAUGAGAUCUCAGUUGCAGCCCCAUCGUUUUUGCUGCCUUGUUUCUCAUGGAACUGUAUAACAUGUUUAUAUGAUUUUCUGGCAUGCAUAUAAUGAAUCUUUACACCUUCGAUACAACACACGUGUAAGAUGAAAAAUAUUGAGCCUUGAAUAUUGCAAAAUAUUCUAAUCAUACUUGCAUAUUCACCAUUCUCAGCAAGAUAUGUGGUAGAAAUCUUGGAUGCAUGACUUUUAUGGCAGAUGCUUAUUCUCUACUGAUUCAUCAGUUGCAGAAGGAUUUGAGAGCAACCACUCACUCUUGAAUUCUGCCUGCAAGAGUUUUCAGAUGCUUUAAAUUGGUUAAUUUUCAUCUCAAACUUGAUGUUGCGUUCCUAGCAAAAUUACAAUUUGCAUAACCAAGUAAAGUAGGUUUCCAAUAAUGUCAUCACUGCCAUAGAUCCUGCUGCUUUGGCUUCUUACAAGACACAACUUAUGUUUCUCAUUUCGCACAUUCAAAAUGCAUUAUGUUGUCUCUUUCCACUUUAUGACUUUCGUUUCUGGCAUAAAAAAGUCUCUUCUGGGAAUGGGAAGCAAUUUCAAACGAGCCCUACAACAUCGAAGCAGGAUUCUGUGAGAAACUGUGGCUGUGAGUGGCCAAGAGGACUGACUUGCAGAUCUGGGCCUAGCAGGUAAUGCACAGAUUUCCGAGUCAUUUCCCUGGUGUAGGCUCCAGCAUAAAAAGACAUUGAACAGCUAUGUACCUUCUAGAGUGAGGACGGAAACCAGACAAAUGAUAGAGCUGACUCCACCUGGAUUUUGAAAACUGAGAAGAGGAUAUUUGGUUGCACAUUUGAAGUACUAUCAUUUUCUUUUACUUAUUCUGCAUCUGCUGCCUGUCUUUUUGUUACAGUCCCUGACAAGCUUGUUCUUCUAAUGUUUCAUCAAGAAUGCAUUAGAUAUCCAAGAAACCGAUCAUAUGGUUAAAAAAUGAUUAGUUGUAUGAAAGUGCUCUGGUGGGAACUUUAAAGAAGUUUUUUCUUGAUUUUGGCAAGAAAAGUCUGUCACUGCUGCAUGGAAGAACUUUUAGCUGGAAGUCUCUUGUGUCUUCUUGCAUCAGAUGAUAGAUUCUAAGGGGGCGAAGAAAAAGGAAUAAUAUGAUGGAAUUUGUGAUUUCAUGGUACUUUGCUGGUGCAGGAUACUGAUGAAGAAUCAAUUCGAGUUAAAAAGGGGGUCGAACUCUCAAGACCCUUUCUCUGACAGUUGGAGUAGUCCCAUAUUGUUGAUUUGUUGACCUUAAUAAUGUAGAUCAUAGGUUAAGGGUCACGCUUCCCACAUCUUAUUCUUCCUUGAGUUUCUGAAAAAUGGUUAGUUUCAGAAAGUGGAGUAUUAACCUGUAGAAGUUUCAUGGAUGCUAAGUGUAUUUAUUUCGUCUAGCAAUUUGUGGGAAUUCAAGUAGCUAUUGUUUAUUCUGGUACUGAAAGUUGGCAAGAAGUUUUGGCCAUGUAACCUUUCACUGUUCUGUCAUUUAUUUCUAUCUAUUGAAGAUUUAUCUUUGUUUGUA